UAAUGCGCAUGCUCCGGACGCGGGUAGCCUCCCGCCCUCGCAGCGCGCCAUGCGGCAAGUGCCGGCGUGGGGGGGGCGGGGCUUCCCGCAGCGGCCGCCGUGCGGCGCAGGCGCAGAGCGCGGGUAGUUGCCUACGGCGGCCGGGCCGGGCCAAACAGCCUCAAGAUGGCGGCGGCGCGGCGGCGGCCGGUGCCUCCUGCUCGGCGGCGGGGAGCAACGGGGGCUCCGGGGCCGGCGGGAUGGAGGUGGACGCGGCAGUGCUCCCCACCGUCAUGGCAUCGGGCGUGACGGGCAGCGUCUCGGUGGCCCUGCACCCGCUGGUGAUCCUCAACAUUUCCGACCACUGGAUCCGCAUGCGCUCGCAGGAGGGGCGUCCGGUGCAAGUGAUCGGGGCGCUGAUCGGGCGGCAGGAGGGCCGGAACAUCGAGGUGAUGAACUCCUUCGAGCUGCUGUCCAACACGGUGGAGGAGAACAUCGUCAUCGACAAGGAGUACUACUACACCAAGGAGGAGCAGUUCAAACAGGUCUUCAAGGACAUGGAGUUCCUGGGCUGGUACACGAGUGGCCCCCCGGACCAGUCUGACAUCCACGUCCAUAAACAGGUGUGUGAGAUCAUCGAGAGCCCCCUCUUCCUGAAGCUGAACCCCAUGACCAAGCACACAGAUCUGCCGGUCAGUGUCUUUGAGUCGGUGAUCGACAUCAUCAAUGGAGAGGCCACCAUGCUGUUCGCGGAGCUGACCUACACGCUGGCCACGGAGGAGGCAGAGCGCAUUGGGGUCGACCACGUGGCCCGAAUGACGGCGACCGGCAGCGGGGAGAACUCCACGGUGGCCGAGCACCUGAUCGCCCAGCACAGCGCAAUCAAGAUGCUGCACAGUCGGGUGAAACUCAUCCUGGAGUAUGUCAAGGCCUCGGAGGCAGGCGAGGUGCCCUUCAACCACGAGAUCCUGCGCGAGGCGUACGCCCUCUGCCACUGCCUGCCCGUCCUCAGCACCAGCAAGUUCAAGACAGACUUUUACGAUCAAUGCAACGACGUGGGCCUCAUGGCCUACCUGGGCACCAUCACCAAAACCUGCAACACCAUGAACCAGUUCGUCAACAAGUUCAACAUCCUGUACGACCGGCAGGGCAUCGGGCGCCGCAUGCGCGGGCUCUUCUUCUGAGCCCGGGGGGGUGCGGACUGGCUGCCCUCCCCCCCCCAAUAAACACUUGCUGGAGAGAC